CCCCCCAAAUCCAAUUCCGGUAUGCUGGAAACCAACAAUGUGCGGCGUUGAACCCCAUCCAGGGGGAAUUUUGCUUCAGCCGGCGAUGAUGGUGGUUGGCGACGAUGGCAGUGGCGGAGAAUAGGAAGAUCACAAUGCUCGGCGGCGACGGCAUGGCCACUAUGAAUUGUUUUUGCUGGAAUCAGCAAUGCUUUUUGCUGGAACCAACCUUUGCUUCUGCUACAUCAGAGAAGACUACGUGGUGGGAAUCAGCUACAUCCAGCGAUUUUUUUUGCUACUUCCGUCAUCAAUUUUUGUUGGAACCAGCACAAGCGUCGGCUACGUCCGUCGGACGGCGGAGCUACAAUCAGCGGGGAAAUGCUACAAUCGGCUUUGCAUUUAAGAUUGACUUGGAUAUGUUGCAACGACGACCAGGGAGCAAGGGUGUGUUGUGCGAAGUUUUUUUUUCUGCAAGGGGCACAACAGCCGUGCUGACCUGGCAGCAAGUUCGGCCGGUGGCGAGGUUGGCCAGCUGAUACCUGAUGGCGAGGGCAGCAAGCUGUUCUACGGUGAGGUCAACGGCGCUCAUCCUUAGCAGCGUCGGCGGCGCUGGACUGAAUCGAGCGGCUGGGCGCGACCGGCCGAAAGUUUCGGCCGGCGCGUAUCAGUCGCCAUGUGAAAAACCUUCGUGGGAGAUGCCUCUUGAAAAGUGGAAACUGGAUUGUCUUAAGUUGUCUCAACAUUGUAAACAAAAUGCACA